GUGAACGCACCCCUGGCGUGUAUUUAUUAGGCCGAUUAUAUCUACGAUCGACCGGAUAGUUUAUAAAUAAAAUAAUUUUGUCAAUUAAUAAAAAUGCCGCGAACACCGCUUCAUCUAGCUUCUGGAACUGGAGUUGUUUUAAGAGAUUAUACAGCAAAAGCUAUCAGAUUUGUCAGAUAUGGUUGCACGAAUCGACCUUUUUAUCACAUUGUGGUUAUGGAGAGAAGACAAGAGCAAAAAAAACCACCAAUCGAACAACUAGGAACCUAUGAUGCACUUCCAAACAAAUUUGACGAGAAAUUGGUGUCCUUCAAUUUUGAGAGAAUAAUGUACUGGAUAGGUCAGGGUGCUCACGUUUCAAGACCAGUUAUUGAAUUACUCGGAAUUUCCGGAUUUUAUCCCAUUCAUCCAAGGACUUACAUCAAAGCGUGGAGAAAUCGAAAAGCUCACGAAGAAGCUGCUGCAAAAGAAGCAGAGGAUGAAAAAAUAAAAGCCGAAGCAUCUUAGUUUUCUUUUCUAAAUGAAUGAUUUAUUAUAAAUUUGUAAAUAAACCUAAUUUACUCUAAUACAAUAAAAAA